UUUUCAAUUCGCAGUCAGAGAGACUAGUUAUGAGUUGUUUUAACCUCAGCGGCCACCGUCGUGCAGAUAAACAUGGCGUCUGACGGAGAAAGCGAGGAAGAUUUUGUCACUUAUGGAACACCUUUAGAGCCUCUCGAAGAAGAUGAGCCUCUCAGGAAGCCGAUCCCCGUGCAGGACCAGACGGUUAAGGAUGAGAAAGGCCGCUACAAAAGGUUUCACGGAGCUUUCACCGGUGGCUUCUCGGCCGGCUACUUCAACACCGUGGGGACGAAAGAAGGUUGGACGCCAUCUACGUUUGUGUCUUCUCGAAAUCAGAAGGCUGAGAAGCAAAAUGCCAGACCCGAGGACUUCAUGGAUGAUGAGGAUUUCAGCGAGCACGGCAUCGCACCUCAACAGAUCACCACCACUGAAGACUUUGUUUCUGGGAGACCCGAUCAGAUCAGGGACAAAGCCCGAGCCAUCAGCUCCCUCUCCGCUCCCAUCCCAGGAGACACUCUGCUGGAGGAGCUGAUCACACCAGCACAGUCGUCUAUCGGAGUGGAGCUGCUUAGGAAGAUGGGCUGGAAGGACGGCCAGGGGGUCGGACCCCGGGUGAAAAGGAGACAACGCAAACAAAACAUAGAUGUGAGAGUGUAUGGAUGUGCUCUACCACCCAGUGGAUCUGAGGAGUCGGAGGAUGAUGAGUUUGCUCCCGAGAACGUGACUUUCGCACCCAAAGACGUGACCCCGGUGGAUUUCACCCCUAAAGACGACGUCCACGGACUCGGCUACCGAGGCCUCGACCCCCUGCAGGCUCUGACAGGCGGUUCAGGGGCAUCGCACAUCAACCUCUUCACGCUGGAUUCUGAUAGGGCAAGUCUGUUUGCAGGAAGCAGGAAGGCGGGGCAACAUCGUAAGGGUGGGAUCUCCGGACAGGGGUUCGGCGUGGGAGCGAUGGAGGAGGAGGACGAUGAUAUCUAUCACAGAGACGCCAUGUCUAACUAUGACACCGUCCUGGGGGGGGAGGAGCCGGGGGACGGGCUUUACGGAUGGACGGCCCCUCAGCAGUACAGACAGAAGAAGAAAGAUUCAAGCAGAGACGCAGCCUAUGUGGGGAAAAUCCUGGAAGGUUUCACCUUAGCUUCCAAACCUGAGGAAGCGAAAACCGUGUUUCCUCCACCCGCUCUGCCUCGAGAUUACCGGCCGGUGCAUUAUUUCCGGCCAGUGGUGGACACGUCGUCCGUCAGCCCGCUGGUGGCUCAGGCGCUGCAGACUUCACGUGGACAGCUAUCCCAGGAUGCACCACAGCAGAGCCGCCACACGCUGGACUCCACCCAGAGGAGAGAGAUGCUGGGAGAGACCAGCUUACAGGGUCCACGCUCUGUGUUUGAGCUCCUGGACAGUAAGGACCGAGAGAGGUUGAACGAGAUCCGUAAAGCCUCAGAAGAGAAGAGAUCUACAUUACAGGAUCGGUUCCGAUCCAGCACGACGCCGUCUCAUUCUCACACUCAGCCCCAGGUCUCUAAAGCUCAGCCAGACGUCCAGCUCCAGCCUCUGGUUUCAGACACACAGCAGCAGGCUCUCAGCGUCUGGUCGAGUCCCACGGCUCAAACCGGCCAGGCGUUUAAGCCUUUUGAGAAAAAUCCAUCCAAGCAGGCACGCUACGAGCGCUACGUCAGCCACCUGAAACAGGGGGAUAAAGACGCUCUGGAGGUGAGUCUGGACCCGACCAUGACGGAGUGGGAGCGAAGCCGAGAGCAAGACGAGUUCCUGCGUGCUGCUGUGCUCUAUAAGCCGAGUAACUCCUCGCUCUCCUCCCGCUUCACCCGCGGCAAACACGAGGACGACACCGACAGUGUGGAGGUGGCGCGGGAUCAGGAGGGCGAUGUGAAUGACAAGGAGGCAGCAGUGAAGAUGAAGAUGUUUGGGAAACUCACCAGAGAUACGAUAGAAUGGCAUCCUGAUAAACUCCUGUGCAAGAGGUUUAAUGUUCCUGACCCUUACCCAGGCUCGAGCAUUGUGGGUCUCCCCAAAGUGAAGCGCGACAAGUUCUCCGUAUUCAACUUCCUAUCUGUAUUAGAUGACCGACAGAUCUCUCAAGCCACGCCUACAUCCAGCUCAGGAGGUGCUCCCGCUUCCUCACAUGGUUCCUCCUCAGCAGCUUCGGGCAAACGCUCACGGUGGGAUGUAGCAGAACAGAGGCCAAAGGUUAAAGAGGCUGAGCAACAGCCAGACCACACGGUCACUGCAACAUCUGCAACGACUUCGGACUCCACCACUGCUGCUGAGUCUAAAGUAUCCGAGUCUGACGCUGAGCAGAAAACCAAGAAGGCUGAGGAUGAGGAGGAGGAAGAAGAGGUCAGACCUCCUAUAGACCUGUUCAAGGCCAUUUUCGCCAGCUCAUCUGACGAGAAGAGCUCGUCUUCGUCCGAGGAAGACAGCGGCAAAGAGGAGGAGCAGGAGGCAGAGCCAGAGAUGCCUAUCGUCACACCCGCCCCGCCUGUUGUUCCUCAGGCUCCUCCCACAUCAAGUUUGAUAAAUAUGACUGAGCCAGAAACCCGAAUCGCCGAUAAAGGUGAACAAAAAGACGCUUCUUCUGUCAAGACUGCAGAUGUUGACUACGAGGAGUUUGGACCCAGACUACCUCCACCUGGGCAAGUCUUCCCCUCGUCCUCAUCGCCAGUACGGGAAGAAAAACCGAAAAAACAGAGCAAAGAGAGACACAAAUCCAAGAAAGAGCACAAACACCACAAAGAGAAGAAGCAUAAGAAGAAGAGUAAGAAGCACAAGCAUAAAGGGAAACAGAAGAAGAAGAAAAAGACGGAGGAGACGGACGAUAGCUCAGACGACUCCGGUGACUCCGACUCGGAUGGUGGUGAUGUAAUAAAGACGGGGUUUGUGUCCAACGAGGAGCUGCUCCAGAGGUUGAAAAACCUCAGAGGAAAGAAGUGACGACUCUGAGGAGGAUGAACUGUCCUCCAUGAGGAUUCUGCUUUAACACACACCUCGGAGCUACAUUUGGUGUGAAUCCAUUUUACCAAACAUGCUUUCUAGACUUGUACAUGAUUUAAAAAUAAAGUUACUGUGAAUCCUAAA